AUGGCGAUAGUGAAAUUCAGCACAUUACUGUUGCUGUUUACAAUAUCACAAUACUGUGUAGCUGAUGUAUUAAGAACGGCCAGGCAGCAAGGUCCAGCCAGCAUCUUCACCCUAGGCAACGGCGAGCAAUGUCAAGGCUCCGACAGGUCCACGGGUGGAGUGUGUUUGUUAAGAAACCAGUGUAACACUCAAGGGGGGAAAGCGAUUGGUUAUUGUGGAGUUUUCGGCACUUGUUGCUCUUUAAACGCCUGCGACAUAAGAACCAACACAAAGGUGGCAGUCUUCAUCAACCCUCCACUUGACAAGGAGUCCUCAGGCCUCGAGUGCUCGUACAACAUCGAGAUCGCCAACAACAAUGUCUGCCAGAUGAGGAUCGACUUCGAGACCUUCAACCUCGCACCUCCUACCACGGUGGAACCAGUGGAAAACGUGACCCAGAGGCCAGGCUACAUGUGCAAGAACGAUAUCUUCCGCGUCAGCAACCUGCAUGGCAACUCCGAGUCAUUGCCAUCACUAUGUGGAGAUAACAGUGGCCAACACAUGUACGUGCGCGUGAACGCCAGUAUCAAUGACCGGUCUGUACGCAUGGACUUCAAGCUGGCUGAUCGUAUCUCGCAGCCGAACCUGCCGCAGGCCACCUGGAAGAUAAAAGUCACACAGCUUGAGUGCUUUAACACGCUGGGCAAAUACCGGGAUGGUAUCCUGGACGCCAUCACCGCCGCUCUCCCCGCCACGCCGUUCACCACCACCGCUGACCGGGAUGAGUAUUUAAUUGCACCCCCUGGUUGUCUGCAAUACUACCCCGACCGCGCGGGUUUCUUCGAGUCGUUCAACUACAACCGCGGCGCGGGCCCUUACAUCGCCAACAUGGCGUACGCGACCUGCUUCAAACGGUCAUCUGACGUGUGUGGUAUCAAGUUGACAGCAGCAAGUUUCAACAUGGCCUACCAUGACGAUAGCAACUUAUACGUGGACACGGAUUGCAAGGCGAACCCAUUUGUCCAAGGCCAACCCCAGUCUGAGGACUACAUAUUCAUCCCUGAAGCCCAGACUGCAGACGGUCUGAGAGGAUCCAAGUUCUGUGGCAACAGCGCCGCCGACGCGAUCAUUGCUUCUACACCACCAGGACCUCUGUACGUGUAUUUCCACAGUGACAACUUGGUGACAAAGGAUGUACCAGAAGCAGGCUACCGAUUUUCAUACAAUGUUUUAAAUAACUGCUAUGUUAAGUAAAACGCCAUGAAACGUUGAAAACUGAUGAUUUUUUCUUU